CCCGUUUCGGCUUCCCUUCCCUUCUAUUCUCUUCGUGUAUAUAUGCCGAGCAGCGCCACAGGGGAAUUGAGGAGCACAUCCAGUACCAAUUUGACUCAGAGUCAGACCAAGAAACAGAACACACAAGCAAGGAAGGAUCAGUAGUUGGGCGUUGAAUUGUUUCGUUGUGAGUUGUUACGCCAUGGACAAGAUCCUGGCUUUCUCGAUCCUGAGCUCGUCCCCGGCGGACAUCGCGGGCGGCGGCGCCGGGUACGCCACCACGCGCGUCAUCUCCUGGCGGAGCGGCGCCGACACCAAGAAGCAGCAGCAGCAGCAAGCGGAGGAGAAGAAGAAGAAGGUCCGGCAGAGCGCGCCGCUGGCGGAGAGGAAGCCGGAGGCGAGGUUCGCGCCCGAGUUCGAUGGCAUCAACUGCUUCGAGUCCAUAGUUUCCUUUUGAGUACUUGGCCAUCUCCGGGGAAGGAACUGAUCAAUUUUGUGCCUUUUCGAUCCCCUUGUGAUCUUUUUUGGUUGCUUAAUUUAGCGAUGAAGAGACCCGCAAUCUGUAAAGAUCUUGUAGUACAUGCAAUACAGCAAAACAAGCAAGUCAAUGCUUGAUCGUGUUAAUGCACUGAUCCGUCGUAUGUUCGUUUC